GUUCCCCAAACCGAUGUUGCCUUGGGUGCUGGCCAGAUGAAGGUUUUCCUGGCAUUAGGAGGGCUGCACCUCCUUUAUGCUGUGUUUUGGACUUGCUCUGGAGAACAACCAGUGUAUGUACGAUGCAGCCCCUCUUUGUUCUUGGCCAGGGUAAAGUCAACUGCAUUUCAUAACGAUCUACCUGUGGCCCCUGAUGAAGUGUUUCUGGGAGAUCGAUGUCCUGUCACCUCAGUUCAUCCAGGAUUUUAUGAGUUUCGAUACCAUCCCAAGGACUGCAACAUCAGGAUUGAGGUCCUCCCAGGAAAGCAUAUCCUUUUUGUAUCUGAAAUCAUCUUUAGGUCAAAGUUCUCAGAUCUUGAAGCUUCCAUACCUGUGGCCUGCAUUGUCUUCCACCGCCCAGCUCCUAGAGGAAUAACCACAGGAAACGAUGCAAAUAAACAAGGUGGCCUCAAGAAAAGAUCAGGAAUAGCAAAUUUAUACAUUGGAGAGACAGUCAACAGGAAAGGGAAGAACUACCUUCAUGUGCCGUUUUGCUGCUUAAAAAAUCACACAGCUUGUCUCUCUCCACCCGAGAACUUGGAAGCAGACAUAAAUCCCUAUAGCUGUGCCGGGGACACUGCAUGGGAGCAGCUGGAAUCCUGUCUGAGGAUCCUGUGUGUUCUCAUACAUUUUUAAAUGUUUUAGAGGGCUUGAUUUUUAAUGGAACGGCCCUUUGUUGUUUUACGAUCCCUUAUUUAGAAGGGUCUGCCUCUGCUUUUAACUUCAGAAGGAAUCAUAAUAAAAUGUGUUUUCUUUUCGUGG